GGACAUGAAUUAUUGUGCCAAAUGAAUGUUUAAAAAUACCUUGCAUAUAAUAUUUUGAUACUCUACUUUGAAAACUAUAAAAUACUUUGUAGAAAUAUUGCAGAAUUAAACUUUUACUUACACUUAUUAAAAGGUUUUGUUUUUUAACUGCCUUCAUGCAACACUAAUGUCUUGAUUCAAAGCUACUAAGCCUAACCAAAAUACUUACCAGACCAGUCUCUAGCUGCGAACGAGUCUCCUCAAAACUCGGUCCAAUCUUCAGCGUGACCGACUCUGGCUUUUGUGAUCUCGACUUGAAGGUCCUCCGGAGUCAACACAGACACAUUGUUAACUUCAAGGAUAAUUUUGCGAACAUGGUGCAAACCUUGUCUGUCAAUUAUGCCUCAAUAUAUCGAGGGUCAAACGUUGACCUCUUAUUACAAAUAAAAAAACUUAAUUUUGUGGAAGUAAAAAAAAGUUUGUUUAUUUUAAUGUUUUCUGUGUGACUCAUGUAAAAUAUUUUUACUGUAAUAAUAGUGAAUCUAUUAAAAGAUAAUUCUGUCAUGUACUACUAUUUAAUUUUUCAGUAUAUUUUUUAUUUCUACCAACAGAGUUAAUUUUUUAAUAACUUGUGUGUAUUAUCUACAUUAUCUAUUACUUACUUAGAUAAAGAGAAUUAAUUCAUCGUACAGUAGCAUCCCGAUUUGAUGAGAUGCCAUUGUUUUCUAAAAUCUUUCCACUAAAUCAGUGUUUCAUUAAAUCCAACUUCACCAUUGACCUCCAAAUGUCCUUUGGUACGACAUGAUGCAUGUUUUUCUAUACCAAGUUUUUAAAUUGCGAAUGUAAAACUUAUAUCACCCUACUUUCAGAUCUGUCAGAAAAGUGAAGUAACUGUAUUUAAUUGCAUAAUGUCCACACAUUUAUUUUUAAAUACUUGCAAUUGAUUUUUUUUUUUUUUUUUAAUUUACAUGAAGUCCACACCAGAUUAAAUUAACAAGAUAUUAGUUCCGUGCUGAGAACGUCACCAUCCUGGUUGUUUUGUUUAUUGAUCACUGUUGCCAAAUCUAUGGCGAGUUAUCGUACAACGCAAUAGUAUUAAGCGAGAUUCACACAUUUGUUAAUUACAGUAAGAAGACACAAGAUUUUUGUUGCUUGUACCAGAGUUCUUGCUACUUUGUACAAGAAAUAUAUCUGUAAGGUAUAGCAAUGCUUGUAUUCCGCCAUCUUUGCCAUCUUAUUUACCGCUGGCUCUACCAAACAUUGUGUCGCCAUAAACAUAGGGAGGGAGGCUCGCCAGCGCCGGCUAAUGAAGACAUUAGACAUAUGCCGCGUGUCGUCAGUGGCCGCCUUGGCCGUCACAAUCAUUGCACCAAUUACACUUCUUUCUGUCCAGACAGUAAAGUGUGUGAUAUCUGACGGACGAGACAGUCAUUGGUGUCAACGACUGCAGUGUAAGCAUGGUCCAACUCCGGUUGGUUACCGGUGUGGGUGAUCAAAAAUAAUAUUGUAACGUUAUUACGCAACGUUUUAUCAUCACAGCAAGGUAAAUCCAAAUAAACUAAUUAUGAUAAAAGAAAAUUUUUUAUUCUACAUAAAAAUAUGAUGUAAAAUUUUGAGAAAAAAUAAUUUUCGAACUUAACCUCAUAAUGUCCGCACCCCAUUUUCUUCAUAAAAAAUGUUGCCAAAUUACUGCAGACAUUAUGCGAGUAAAUACAGUAUUAAUGUGAUAUGGGCAACAACCAGGGUUUUAAAUUCCAAACAUAAAACAUAUUUGACACUGUUUUCAGAGCUGUCAGAAAAGUGAACUUAUUAUGUGAUAGACUACCUAACUUGGCAAUGCUGCUGAUUAGUUGGCAGAGAAACGUUGCUUCAAAGUUGUUUGGGACAAUUUUGCUGCAAGGUUGUCUAGGGCAAUUUUGCUACCAAGUUGUCAGAGUAGCACUGCUGCAAAGUUGUCUUUGCAACAUUGCUGCAAGGUUGUCUGGGGCAACGUUGCUGCAAGGUUGUCUGGGGCAACGUUGCUGCAAAGUUGGCUGCACAACGUUGCUGCAAAGUUGGCUGCACAACGUUGCUGCAACACUUUUCUUGGGUUGCUAAGCAAUGUUGACGUUGUUUGGUGGUUUACAAUUCAACGUUGUUACAACGUUGCAUGAACAACGUUUCACAGGGCGGACAUCUGGCCAUUGCAUCAACGUUGAUGCAACGUUGCAUAAACAUUACUUCAACAUUGUAGCAACGUUGAAAAAUUUUAAGGCAACAUUGUGGAAACGUUUCUUCAACGUUGAUGUGUUAUGUGGGUAAUUACAUGAAUCCAAGACACUUGAAAAAAUAUAAAUAAAUUGAUUUCCAUCCAAAUGACUUAUUUAAGUAAAAUUAAGUAUAAAAUGUCAAAAAGCAUCAAAAGAACCCAUUUAUAACAAAAUAUGUUUAUUUGAAUAGAAACAAUUUUCCAUUUAUUAAAUGCAUGAUUUAUUAUAAAUUAACCAUUGGAAAGGUCUCAAAUGUGUGGAAAUGUUAUCCACAAGUACAAUUUAAUGUGAAUUAACCAAAAGAAUAGUAAACGAUUCCAAUGAAUACGAAAUGAAUUCAAUUAUAACCAAUUGAUACGGAAAAUUAUUACAUCAAACCAAAUUACUCUAAACAAUAUAAAUAAAUUAUUUGCACCUAAACGUACUUAUUUAAUUAAAAUUAAAUAGAAAAGGUUAAAAAGCAUCAAAAGAACCUUUUUAUAACAAAAUAAGUUUACUUGAAAAGAAACAAUUUCCAAUAAUUAAAUGCAUGAAUUUAAUAUAAAUAAACAAUUGGAAAAAACUCACAUGGGUGGAAAUGUUAUCUACUUGUACAAUUUAAUGUGAUUUAACCAAAAGAAUAUUAAACGAUUCCAAUGAAUACCAAAUUCAUCCCAUUUUAACGAAUUGAUUCGGAUAAUUAUUACAUGAAUCCAAAACACUUGAAACAAUAUAAAUAAAUUGAUUUCCACCCAAAUGACUUAUUUAAGUAAAAUGAAGUAGAAAAUGUCAUAAAGCAUCAAAAUAACCCAUUAAUAACGAAUUAAGUUUAUUCAAAUAGAAACAAUUUCCAAUUAUUAAAUGCAUGAUUUAUUAUAAAUACACCAUUGGAAAGGUCUCAAAUGUGUGGAAAUGUUAUCCACUUAUACAAUUUAAUGUGAUGGUUAGGUUAAGUUAGGUUUUGUUAGGUUAGGUUAGGUUAGGUUAGGUUAGGUUAGAUUAGGUUAGGUUAGGUUAGGUUAGGUUAGGUUCCCAUACAGCACACUUGGUGUAAGAAACGUCGCAUCGACGUGGUAAUGUCGAAAUGUGGUCACGUCACCAAAACCGACGUCGAAUCGACGUGGUCUUUGAAACCAUGAAGGGUGGUUCGUUUCCAUUAUCCGUCUGCUACCGAGACUGAAGUGUCCAUCAUUAUUUCUAAUUGGUUAAAACAUGCGAAGAAGAGAUGUAGCUAGUGUUGUAAAUGAAAAAAAGCAUGUGUUUUUUUCUCUAAAAAUAAAUGUUUUUUGUUUUUUUAGAAAAAACUUUGUCCCUAGUUUUUUUCCCCCCACUUUUCAGGUUUUUUUAAAUUAUUUUAUAUACUGUAUCUCAUACUUUACAGUUAAUCUUUAUUGUGAAAAAAAUACUUUUUUUUGUUUUUUGUAAAAUAAAACAGGUUUUUUAUAGAAAAAAUGCUUAAAAAAACAUUUUUUUUAUAAACUCUACAUGUAGCACUCUUAAUAAGUAAGUAUAUUUUGUUUAGUGUUUAUUUGUGAUAUGGACCUCCAGUCAUCAUCAUAAGUUCAGGGUACCUAUUAACUGGGAAACCAGUCGGUCAAAUAUUAUUUAAAAAUUAUGGCUUGGGCUUGUACCCUCAAAUACGUGUCGUUAGAAAAAUUGUUAAAUGUCAACAUGCUGCCAAUUUUUGAUAUUUUGAAUUAUAUUAAUUUGUUUUCAACUGCUUUGAAUACUAUGUAAAUAAUAUCCACUUUUUUUUUAUUUCAUUCAAUAGACCGUACAUAAUGGUAUAGAAUAUGUCAAAAUAAAAUUACAAAUAAACAUAAAUACAAACACACAAACAGGUACAAGAACAGUAUUAAAAGCAUUACAAUAUUAAAAUAAUAUAACAGCUGCACUUCCAUGAAUAAGCACCUAUUUAGAUAAUAUUAUAUAUAAAAGAAAAGUAAUAGAUAAAAACAAAAUUACGAAGCUACCUCCUGUUCAUAAUCAUCUAUAUUAUAAAAAGCCUUAUGUGAUAAAUAAAGAAAUAAUUCCUUUUUAAAUAAAUUAUAUUGGUCCAUAUUUUUUAGAACUGAUGGUAAUUUAUUGAAUAAUCUAAUACCAACAUUUCUAACUGACUGUAAAGUUUGUUUUUCUUAUGAACCCUUUGCAGAUGAAAAUCUGCAUUAAUUCACGUGAAAUGCUCAUGAAUAUUAGUAUUUUUUAUAUAAAUUAAUUUGUUUUUAUGAAUAAACAAUAAUACUUUGUAAAUAUAAAUACAGGGCAGUAAGAAGACCUAAGGAUUUAUAAAUAUUACGACAACUGUCCAAACGUUUCAUGUGGAGUAUAAUUCUGAUUAAUUUUUUUUGUAUAAUAAAAACUGAUUGUAGAUGAUGUCUAUUACUACCCCAAUACAUAAUUCCAUAUCUGAUUAAAGAAUAAACAUAGCCAAAGUAGGCAGACCAUAGGCAUUGUUUGGUAGUUAUAUGAGAAAGUACUUUAAACAUAUAACACAUACUGUUUAAUUUAUUUAGCAAACCAAACGUAUGUUUGUCCCAUGAUAAAAAUUCAUCAAUCUCAAGUCCAAGGAAUCGUGAAAGUGCCACAAAAUUUAAGUUAGUAUUUUAACAGAGUAUUUGGUUUAUUUGAUUUUAAUUUAGAGGAAAAAAUAAAUAAAAUUUGUUUUACCAUAAUUCAGUAGCAGUUUAUUAUUUGUAAACCAAGAGUUUAAUGUAUGUAGUGUAUUCAUAACCAGAGCAUCAAGUUUAGAAGCUGGAUUGGCUUUAACCAGUACAUUAGUAUCAUCUGCAAAAGAAAUGAUAGGAAUAUCGGUAAAAUGAUAACUUAGAUCAUUUACAUGGACCAGAAAAAGAAGUGGCCCUAAAAUGCUUCCUUGAGGAACUCCUACAUUCAUAAGUUUAGGUAGGGAAUUAUAAGACUCUAAUAUAUUGUUACUAUUGACUCUAGUAACUUGAACUAUCUGCAUUCUGUUUGUGAGAUAAGACUUCAACAAUUUAUUGACUACACCUCUAAUUACCAAAUUAUAUAAUUUAUCAAUAAGUAAUUUAUGAUCUACUGUGUCGAAAGCUUUGGACAGAUCAAGAAAAAUACCGACGACAUCCUCUGAUCUGUCCUUGCGUUACUUGUUUAAGUGAUUUUGAGUUGUAAUUUGUAAAAGAAAAAAUAAUGAAAAAGUCAUAUUUGUGAAAAUAUUUAAUUAUCAUGUUACAUUCUCUUCACACUUUUUAAGGUUACUUAGCACCCAAUGUUUUCAAUUAAUUUGUGUCAUGGAGUGUACUAAUACUUUAAGUUUCAGUGUGAAAUUGUUUUUUGACGUUUGCCAAUUUAAUUGAAAUGGUAUUUAAUAACAAAAAAACCACGCAUUUUGCAAUUACUGAUGCUUACAGCUGACUAAAUUUGGAAAAUGUAAUUAAAUUCAACUGUAUUGGUUUGGGGGGGGGGGGGGGUUGUUAAAAUCAGUGUAUAACUAUUUUAAAUGAGUAUCAAUUUUUGAGAUGUCAUUCUUAGGCACUGUAAGAACACUUACAAUAUGUGCUUUUUAAGCAAUUUUCAUGCCUCAAUGUAGAGAAUACCACUGGCAGGAAAAAAAAAUAUUUUUUCCCUGAGACAAUUGGUAUGUUUGUACAUAAUCAACCUCCACCAACUGAUAUUGAAUCCAUGUUCCCAUGGCCACGUAGAUUCUACGACUUCCAAUAGACAUAGCAUCAACGUCGCCUAGCCGACGUGGUAUCCACGGCCUCAACCUAACGUACAAUCAACCUCCACCAACUGACAUUGAAUUCACGUCCACAUGGCCACGUAGAUUCUACGACUUCCAAUAGACAUUUCAUCAACGUCGCCCAACCAACGUGGUAUCCACGUCCUCCGAUCGACGUAGAAUUAACGUCCAUCUGGUGACGUCGCCUGUCGCGGACAUUUCGAUGUUCUUUCUACGUUGAUAAAACGUUGAAUAUACGUGUAAUAGAUGAUGAUUUAACGUCAGCAGGUUUCCUAAACAACGUAUAUUUCACGUUUUUUCUACGUCACUGUGCUGUAUGGGUUAGGUUAGGUUAGACUAGGCUAGGCUAGCCUAGGUUAGGUUAGGUUAGGUUAGGUUGGGUUGUGGUAUUUCGGCGUUAAGAUACAUUUAAGAAACACACACAAAUUCAUUCAGUAGUUUUUCAUUUGGCUCCUGUGCCCCCCCCCCCCCCCCCCGCCCCCCCCAACCCUCUUCCACGCAGCAACAUUUUUCGGCGUUACUGUAUUUUAGCGUUGUGGUACACAGCAGUUUUCUAGCUGUCGGCGUUGCGGUCAAUGUGGCAUUCGACAUUAUGGUAUAUGUUCGGCGCUGUGGUAUUUCAGCGUUGUGGUAACGACCCCUUACGAGGCCCUACUGUGGCAACUAAAACCGAGAGGUUUCUAGGGACGCGACACUCGCAUCCACUGAUGCAUCUCCACAUCCAGUAUCUUCGGAACACUGUUUUUUUUUUUCCUUAUAUAUAAUAUCACUUUAGAUUUUUUUAUAAUAAGAUCUGUUUAAAAGUCAUAAGCAUAAAUGGUAAAUCAAUACAGACAAAUAAAAACAUUAAUAAAAAUUACCGAAAAGCAAACUUAAAACUUACAGGGGUAUUUUAAUCUCGUAUUUUUUUAUUGUUUAAGUUUCAUAUCAAAUUUUUUUAAUUUUAAUCGCUUAAAUUUAUAACAACGUGUGGUGAUAUUGGUUUUAACCUCUUAGCAACCUCUUUGCAUGAACAUUGUUUAACCUUCAAUAUUACCUCUUAUUCAAAUCUAUGUAUUAAUUCAUGUAAAUAUCUAAGUCAUGUUUUGUGCUUAAUAAAGCCUUAGUUUCUGAAGAUAAGGUUUAUUAUGUCAAUUUAUUAAGCACAUUCUAUCAAUAAACAUUUAAUACAAACAAUGGACAAGUAUUUCAAGCCCGAGAGAUUUGAAGCAGAUCACACUACUGGGAAAAGCUCCUCACAAUGGAAUCACUGGAAGAAAACAUUCGAAGUCUUCACAGCAUCAAUCAAGGCUUCUGAAGCUGAUAAGCUGUUACUACUCUACAAUCACGUGAGUCACAGUAUAUACGAACUUAUUAGCGAAUGUACUUCUUAUGUGUCUGCAAUCGAAAAUCUAGAUUCACUCUUUAUUAAACCUAAGAAUGAAAUAUUUUCAAGGCAUAAACUAAUGAGCCGACAUCAGCAACCUGAUGAAAGUGUAAAUCAAUUCUUACAAUCUUUGCGUCUCCUUAGCUCUGACUGCGAGUUCACAGAUGUUAAAGCAGCGGCUUAUAGGGAAGCCUACAUUUCACAAAGGGUUGAGGACCAACCCGAACAUGCCCGAAGACUUCACCUUCGGCCAACUUCUGGACUUUGUUUUUCUUUUAACAAAAUGCGCGGGAAUUAUGGUGGUGAUGGAGUUGGAGUUAAAAGGAAACAUGGCACAGAAAAGCGGUGGAAUUGAAGAUUUGUUCACUGAAUGUUUGGAAAAUCAAAGGGAUUAUUUAGUUGGUUUUGUAGACACAGAACGUGAAUUUGAAACUUUUAAGGACCGAUUGCUACAAUUAGGUCACUCGUUCAGUGUGCGUAGUAGUGUCAACAAUGCCACAGCAGGUAAUGAUAAUUUUCACUAACACUAUAUUAGUAAAAAAAGGAAGUUUGUAUGUAUUUCGUUUGUAUAGAUUCUCUCGGAAGGGCCCUGUUGCACCUCUAAUUUUUUUUCUUAUUAGAUUUUUUACUUCGUUUGUUUUGUAGUGAUUUUCGAUCAUUUUUUCCUAACAGUCUCCAAAGCAACAUCUAUUUGGUUAGGAUUGGAUUUCUUUACAUUUAUCAUAGCUCAAAUUUUUUUUAUAAAUUAAUUUGUAAUUAUGUAAUUACUGUCCUUUUUUGUUUGAGGUGCAGCAGUGGGGUACACACGAAGAGGGGCAUGUAUAAUGAGCAGUGUGUGUGUUUGGUUGUAAACUGUUGUAGCGAAGCUAGUUUUAAAUAUAGUUUAUUGGAAAGGGGUUAUGGCAUAUAUGAAGUGUGUUUACCGUGAACUACGUUCAAAUAUUAUUGUUCACAUUUCAUUGCCUAUUGUUGGCAUUAUAACAUAUUAAAAUUUAUAUAAUAAUAUUUUACAUGCACCGUGAAUACUAUGCAAAAUAAAAUUUUUGGGGAGAAGAAGAACAUAAUACAAAUGAGAUAAUGAUUACUGCAUGAAAUUAACACACUAGUUUCAUUUUAUUUUGUCCAGUAAAUACAGUAUAUGUUUUGCACAUCACCGUAUUGGACAUGUCUAUACAAUUAUUUUACAAUUUCUUUACAACAAAUAAUUAAUUUUUACAUUAUGAAAACAAAUUACAAAUUGACAUUAUAAAUAACAAAUUUAUAAAAUAACACAAAAAUACUAAUAUUUAAAACACUUCUUGCUAAAAAUUAUAAAAUAAUCAUCUCAUAAUCUAUAUAAAUUAACUGGCAUAAAAUUCUUGUAAUGAAUAAAAAGAAUGAGGUUUUAAUAAUUCCUUGAGUUUAUAUUUAAAUUCUUUAGGUUUUGACUUGGAAAAUCAACAGUAAUUUGAGUUUAAAAAUAAUAGAUUUAACUUUUAUUAUAAUAAGUCAUGGUGGUUCAACAGUACCUACCUAACAUGUUGAUCUAGUACUUGGGAGGAUCUGAGGUGAGAUGAUCCCUGUUUGAUAAUUAUGAGUUUGGUUAGAUACUCAAAAUUACUGCAAGAAAAGUUGGUACGUUUGUGGCCAAUUCUUUCCGUAAAUUCUUGGACUUGAAUUUUAAAUGAAUGUUAAAUGAUUGUGAACAAAUUUAUACUGUAUCUUUCAAAAGUGCAUGGUGAAUUUAUUCUAUACCUUCUUUUUUAUUUUGCAGAUCACAAGAAGCUUUACUUUCAGUAUCAGCAGGGAAAGUUGAUUAAUAGCCCAAAUAUUGAUUUUUUUUGGUUUACCAUUCAGCAUAGAAAAAAUUGUCUACUUGGAGUGUGGUCAAGGCCACAAUUAUCAGCAGUCUAAAGAGACUGUUGAUCCACUGCCUGAUCAUCCACUCUUGAAGAAAAAAAAAUUUUUGAUUCAAAAUUCAAAAAAAAUUGGAUGUCAAGCGAGAAUGAAUGUAAGAUGUAUAAGGGUUUAUCCAGAUUUUACCUCGCCAAAUUCGAAGAGGAAAAAGUGUGCUGUCUUGAAGAAUUUGCAGGAAGCCCUGAGGGAAAAAGUUCCAAUUUCAAGUUACCUUAGGUUCUAUGUAAAAAUCAGCAAAGCAGAGAACCACAACCACACAACUACUUCUACUUAUCUCUGCCAAAAAAUUCAUCCAGAUCUUGUAACAGAAAUCAAAAGACUUGUGGGUCAAGGCAUUACAGCCACCAGGGAUAUUAAAUUGCUACUUGAGGAAUAUGUGAGAAAUAGAUAUUCUGGUGAUGAAAUGUCCAACAGGCUUAGUAAAACCUUUUACCCAGAAGAUUCAGUAAUUUAUGCUCAUGUUUACAGGGCAAUAUUUUCGCAGAAAAGAGACCAAAUGGACCAAGAGGUACUACAGCAAACCAUCAAUGAAUGGAAAAUUCAAAAUAGGGAGGACUGUUUUUUUUACAGACCGUAUGAAGAUGUUUCUGACAGUGAUGUGUCACCAUUAUUGUUUUGUCACCAAACAAAGUGGCAACAGAAGUUACUGUUGCGGUAUGGUAGUGUAUGUUUAUUAGAUGCCACUUAUAAGACGACAAAGUAUGCUUUGCCACUCUUUUUUUUAGCAGUGAAGACCAAUGUUGGCUACAGUGUUGUUGGUACUUUUGUAGUUCAGUCAGAAAGCACUGCAUUAAUUGCUGAAGCUUUGAAUGUAUUCAAGGAAUGGCUUCCUGAAUGGCAACCACAGUUCUGGAUGACGGACUUCAGUGAGAUGGAAAUAGUAGCAAUUGAAAAGACCUUCCCUCGAAACACAGUGUACUUAUGUGCGUUCCACAGAGAGCAAGCCUGGUUGAGGUGGGUCAGGAAGAGUGGUAAUGUAACAUCUGGUAAUUCAGAAGAGAUUUUAAGUAUGUGGCGUGCUAUUGAAGCUUCAAGAGACAAACACGAGUUUGACCUUAAUCUAGAAGUAAUGAAUAGUAGUGACAUCAUGCAACAAAACCCUAAAGCAUCUGACUAUUUUGCUACCCACUGGCUAGCUCACAAACACAGGUGGGUACAGGCCUUCAGUGAAAAAGACUUUGUUACAAUUAUUCACACCAAUAAUGGAAUUGAAAGUCAAAAUAAAGUGUUAAAGCAUUCAUAUCUUUGUCACAAUUCUGAUAAAUCCCUCACAGGAAUGCUCAAGACAGUUAUAAACAACUAUUUACCUGAUAUGUACCGAAAAUACUGCUAUAAGAAUUCUACUGUAAAGAUGUUUAAUCCAGAGAUACCCUCAUAUUUGAUAAACCGACCACAGAACUUUAUAAGACAUGUGCUCACCAGGAUAAGUGCUGCUCGAUCAGAUAUUUGCAAGGAAUCCAUUACAGAAAUUUCUAAGGGGAGUUUUAAAGUUCAGAGUUCAUCAGAUAAAAAAAAAUUUUACUGUGUUAAUUUUGAUAGUGCUACGUGCAGUUGCAUUGACUUCAUGAAUUUUAGAUUUCCUUGCAAACAUAUGUGUGCAAUUUUUGAAUUCUUCCCUGCCUGGAGUUUUCUCCAGCUGAACUCUGCAUAUAUUAACAGUCCUUACAUUACACUGGAUUCAGAUAAUAAUUUUUGCACUACAACAUACAACAUAAAUCCUUCCUCCACAGCAACAGCACACACUGAAAACAAUUGGACGGAAGAAACUGAAAAAAAUUGUACUUCCACGUUGACCAAAGAUUCCAGUGAUGAAAGUUCUAGCAUAUCAGCAUUGCAAAGGGAAUUCUGAAUGUUCAACAAAAUGUUAAUUGAAUUGUCUUAUGUUUGUAAAGACAAAAGUUUUUUUUCGGGAAACACUGAGAUUCUACGAAAAAUGCAUGUAGAAAUGGAAGGAAAAAUAAAACGUGUAUCUGGGUUGCCCCUCCUAGAGUCAAGUAAUUUGAAAAGCAUUGUUUCAAAAAAAAUAAAAAAUAAAUACAAGAUGUUGCCUUUGCGUAAAAAGCGUAGGACCAGGGUAGGAACUGCAGUAGGAAUUCCAACAAACCUUUAAAAAAAAAGUCAUGACAUAGUUUGGUGAAUGUAAUGUGACUUGCAACAAACUGAGGAACUAAUACCUAUAAAUUUUGAUCAAGCAGAAGUUUUAUAAUGAUUCAGUUUAUUUUACACAACAUUAUUUUUCACCAUGUCAGAAGGCUUAUAGGAAGACUGCUUAAAAACUUAUAUUAAAAACACAUGUGUUCAAGAUUUGGACGAGAGACCACAUGAUUUUAAGUCAAGAAUCCUGACCUCUAUACCAAUGGGACUGGCUUCAGUAAGUCAGCGAAGAAAAAAAUUAUGUGACUAUAAAAAUAUUUUCUUGGACAAUGUAACAUUGCAGGACCCUGCCCUCCUAGCUAAACAUUUUUCUUUUAAACUAUUUUCAUGAAUGUAAACAUUUCUUAAAAAGUCUUUCUAAUGAUAUUUUACCGUUUAUGUAUGUUAGAGUUGAUAUUUAGAAUUGUUAUGUGUUUUUAAAGAAGGUAUUUUGUAUUUUAACAGACAUUUUAAAUCAUCAGUAUUUUUUAUGUCAUUAUUCACAAAGAAGUCACUGUACUAGAUUUUUGCCUGUUUAGGCCUACUUUUUCAGGUUUUUAUAAAUAAUGAGUUUAAUUUGGUAAAGUAAUUUGUAUUAUAAUUGCUGUUGGUAAUGUUCAUUAACGUGUGGAAUGAUUCUAGAACACAGGACUAUGUCUGGUGUGAUGGCUAGAAAGAGAGGCAUGAGAGGCCUGUAAGUGGGAGUGAGAAAGAAACAGUGCUUCCCCGCUGAGAUAAAAGCUGGGAUUCCCCACUGGUCGUGGGAAAUGUGUGAUAACUGCUGUCUCACGGUGUGGGAGAGAGAACGAGAAUGGGAGUCCCCGAUUUUGGUGUGAAAUUGAAAAGAGACCGAUCAAGGGAAGCCCCGAGUUAUGUGUGUACAGGGUUUUUCAUGUAUUGUAAUUUGUUCUGUGAUUGGCUUGUGAUUUGUAGAGUGAAUGAAGAGUUCGUGUGAUUGGUCGGUGAGGUCAUGUGACGUCUACUCCCUGCGUGGAGGAGACGUGUCAUGAGUUCAUCAGUAGUCGUCGGGCGAUCGCUGCUAGGCGAGGCCGCGUUUCGGCGGCUCGCGGUUUUUCACCAGUUGCGGCUGCAUUUGAGGCCCUACUGAUGUUUGUAUGAUUACAGCUUACAGUAAGAUUUUACUGAAGAACUAAAUCAACGUUAUUAUUUUUUAUUAUUAAUUUCUCAUCACGCGAACUGCGAGCAUUUCUCGAUGGGCGAAUGUUUGUGGAAUGAGUGAGCAGCCUUUAUUGAAAGUGUUUGGAUUCGUCUGUGCAUUCUAUUUGAAAAAUAAAACAACAAAAUUACAAUCGGCGUUGAAAAUCUGUUUAUUUUUGUAUGUAAGAACCGUUACAACUCAUACUUGUGUUUUAAGGUUUUGUACAUACAAUUGUUUAUGUAUUUCAAAAAAAAUUUUGGUUUGGUGAGGAAAACAGGAAUAUUUGCAACUAGCAGAAAAGGUUUUGGUGGCCACUAUUUCUGAGAGUUUACAUUUGUACAUGUACAACAUGUAGGUACAUUCCAACCAAUAAGCUGGACUCUAUGAGCACCUAUAUGGGCAAACUUGUAUCAAUCAAAAUAGUUACCCAUCACAAGUAUGGUUCACACUAUUAUGACUUAUUGAAUUCAGUUCUAAAUGUGUAUGAUAUUAUUUUACCAUUAGGUAUUUUUUGUGAUCUAUUCAAAGCCAUUGUUAUUUGUAAUUAAAUUUAUACAUACACACUGUUUGUAACUAGAAUGAUUGUCAAACUGUAAAGUUGUAUAAUUAUUAACUGUGGAACUAAUCAAGUAAUUUGAUACAAAAAAGUGAUACAACCAAUAGUUAGUUUUAAGACUAGAGUAUAAUUUAUAUAAGGUAUAUUACACAAAGUUGAGAGAAAGAAAGUAUGUCUUCUAUAAGAAUUGUAGUUAUUUUAUUUCUGUACAGAAAUUUUCUUUAGUGUAUCUGUGUUUUAAUAUAAUUAUAUUUCUCUUUGUAUCUAUAGCAUGUUUCAUCUGUUUUUCAAGGGAAAUUCAAAAUCAGCUCUAUAUAUUUACAACUUUAAAUUUUGCUUUUAUUUCCGAGAGGGUGCCAGGCUAGCUUACACAGCUAACUGUUGCUAUUGAGGGGUCAUCGGCCUCAGCGUGGUUCACUAGGAUCGUGGUGGUGGUUGAAUUAAUAACUAGAUAAGUCGGAUUACACUCCUCAGGCAGUAUGGGUAGGUAAGAGGGCACUGGAAAUCACCGUCAAUUUGUUGUAGCAUUUAUUGGCAUGCUACGAGUUGCGAGUUACACUAUGCGUUAUAGAUUGUACUUUACCCUGACAAUGGUUUCUGAUUGUGCGUUACGUGCUUGCAUUACAUCUAACAACAGUGUUGUUGUAUUUGCAUGGAGUCGGCCAUGCCCGUAAGUUUUUGAAUUUUGACUCGAGUGGGCUCUGCGAGCCGUGAAUCUACAAAUACUUACUAUGUUUGUUGUGACCGGCAGACAUAUGCACAGCUGCAUGAAAUUAAAAUACUUUUCUCUGGAGUUGGCCAGUUCCAUAAGUGUCGACUCUGCAACGUGGUCAUGUGGCAGGGUUAAAUUUAAGGCGGUCAGGAGCCUGACUCCGCAAAGAUGACCCAGGGACGCAUGGGUAACGAGUGAAAAAAGAUUUAGAGGUGACAAAGUUUAUAAAACAUUUAUCACAAUAUAUCAAGAUGUGUGUGAAAAUGCUAGGUUUUAAUAUUGUGGUCAUUCACAAAAAAUUGAUUUCAUUAUAUUUGCGAGGUUCAUACAUAUUGUGCAGAUAUGGUGCAUGACUAUUAAGUGAAUUGUAUGUAUUAUUUUGGAGUGUAUGUCUCAUACCCUGUCAUGAACAAAACUCUUACUGGAUACAAGGAAUAUUACAUCUAACACUUUCAUUAGUAUUUAUCAGUAUGAACUAAACUUCAACUAACAACUGAAUGUAAUAUACUGGCAUACUGAAUUUAUUUAACCAGGCAUUACACAAAUUCUGUUGGCCAAAAUAUUAAACAAUUACUUUUAUACACAAAUUACUACAUUCUGUUUCUCACCAUAAAAGUGAUUGUCCAUAAAGGUAGAUACUGCGGUUGUUUAAAACAAUAGCAUGUUUUUUAGACUUCGGAGUGCCACUGGAUGGUAUAAUGUAAAGCGGAAAUAUUACUGUGUAAUCCCUGUGUCGGUAAUGCUCAGUAGAAAUACAGAAAUGUAUGAGACAUUGUCACUAAAGAAUAUGUUUUUUUUAAUGAAAAUAAACAUAAAUAUUUAACUAUUUUUUGGGUCAAUACAGUAAUCUC